AUGGUCUUUGUGAAUGGAGCAAAGAAAUUUCAGUUGGAGUCUGUGCUACUUGUGCAAAGUUACUUUUUAAAUCCCUUUGUGUAUUUGCACCUGUCGUGCCAGACUGAAGAUGGUCUACUUUUUUUAUAUUACAGUUGUGUUGGUGUAGAAGAAGAGGAAGCACCAGAUAUUGACAUCUAUCAUUGUCCAAAUUGUGAGAAAACCCAUGGGAAGUCUACUUUGAAAAAGAAAAGAAAUUGGCACAAGCACGAUACCGGGCAGUCAACAGAGGUGAAACCCGUACAGAAUGGGAGUCAAGUCUUUAUAAAGGAACUUCGAAGUCGGACUUUUCCAAGUGCUGAAGAUGUGGUAGUCAAAGUGAAUGGAAGCCAGCUAACCCCAGAGUACUUGGAAGAAAACGGAUUCACAGAACCUAUCCUGGUUCCGAAGAAGGACGGAUUGGGCUUAGCGGUCCCUGCCCCUACAUUCUAUGUCAGUGACGUUGAAAACUACGUCGGACCGGAAAGGAGUGUUGAUGUUACUGAUGUCACCAAACAGAAAGACUGCAAGAUGAAGCUGAAGGAGUUUGUCGAUUACUACUACAGCACCAACAGGAAAAGAGUUCUCAAUGUCACUAACUUGGAAUUUUCAGAUACAAGGAUGUCCAGUUUUGUAGAACCUCCUGACAUUGUUAAAAAGUUGUCUUGGGUGGAGAAUUAUUGGCCUGAUGAUGCUCUGCUGGCAAAACCCAAAGUGACCAAGUACUGUCUGAUAUGUGUGAAGGACAGCUACACAGAUUUUCACAUAGACUCUGGAGGGGCAUCAGCUUGGUACCACGUGCUGAAAGGAGAAAAAAUAUUUUAUCUCAUCAAACCGGCCUCUGCAAACAUUUCUCUGUAUGAACGCUGGCAGUCAGCAGCAAAUCACAGUGAGAUGUUUUUUGCAGACCAAGUGGAUAAAUGUUAUAAAUGCACAGUUAAGCAAGGACAAACGCUUUUUAUCCCAUCAGGUUGGAUUUAUGCAACUCUCACACCUGUAGACUGCCUAGCAUUUGCGGGACAUUUUCUACAUAGCCUAAGUGUUGAAAUGCAGAUGAGAGCGUACGAGGUGGAAAGACGGUUGAAAAUUGUCAGCCUAACCCAGUUUCCAAACUUUGAAACUGCAUGUUGGUACAUGGGAAAGCAUCUACUAGAGACAUUCAAAGGUUUGCACAAAGCUGGACAGCAGCCUUCUUCUCAUUUAGUCCAAGGGGCAAAAAUUCUUAAUGGUGCUUUCAGGUCGUGGACUAAAAAACAGGCUCUAGCAGAGCAUGAAGAUGAACUCCCGGAACACUUUAAACCAGCGCAACUUAUCAAGGACCUUGCCAAAGAAAUCAGAUUAAGUGAGAACGCGUUCAAAGUCAACAAAACAGAAGUGAGUGCCAACGUGAAGGUAGAGGAAAUCUGUCCUGUGGAGAAGGAAGAAGCGCCAUCGCCUGUACCAGUGACACCCCCUCCACCACCUGUAGAAAAAGUUCUGAAAAAAAAGACUCCAAAAGCUGUGAAAACCCCCAAGCCACCGAAACCCCCCAAACCGCCCAAGCCUCCCAAACCGCCCAAGCCCCCCAAGCUCCCCAAAACUCCAAAAGUCAAGGGAGAAGGGAAGAAGAAAGGAAAGAAGGUGAAGGAAAGCCCGCCACCCGCCAUUCCCAAUCUGGACCUGCUGGAGGCGCACACAAAGGAGGCUUUGACAAAGAUUGAAACGCCAAAGAAAGGGAAGGCUGCAAAGAAUGUCUUAAGUGUUCCCAAUAAGGAAGCUGUUAAUAAGCAAAAUGAGGCGGAGAAAUUCGAAAUUCGAGAGCACAAUAAGAGCAAAACAGAAGCCAAAUGGAAAUAUAAGAACAGUAAGCCUGAUUCAUUAUUAAAAAUGGAAGAGGAACACAAAUUGGAAAAGACACCUUUAUCAGGAAAUAAGGACAAUAAAUUUACAUUUUCUUUCUCUAACAAGAAACUGCUUGGUUCCAAGGGAGUCAAAACCCAGUUGAAUCCUGGUGUGUUCGGGUCACUGCAGAAUUUUAAAGAAGAUAAACCAAAACCUGUGCGAGAUGAAUAUGAGUAUGUAUCAGAUGAUGGCGAACUGAAAAUUGAUGAAUUUCCAAUUAGAAGAAAGAAAAACACUACGAAGAGAGAUUUACCUUUUUUAUCAGAUAAAAAAGAAACGUUACAACACACACCAGUUAAGAAGCCAAAGGUGGAAUCAGUAUUGUACAAGAGCGAUGACUCAUCAGAUGAAGAUUCGCUUCACAUUGACACGGAGGCAAAGCCAGGCCGCAACUCCAAAGAGAGGAAGGAAGUUGGGGGUUUAGAGUAUAACACCAACAGUCAGCCACCUGCAUCUCCCAGCACACAGGAAGCAAUCCAAGGAAUGUUAUCAAUGGCAAAUCUCCAAUCUUCAGACUCCUGCCUGCAGACUUCAUGGAGUACCAACCAAGCUAAAAAUAACUCUAUCUCAGCUCAAAACUCGAAAAAAACUGGGAGCAGUAACAGCAAAAAUGCAGGCAAGCACUUACCGAAGAAGAGCACAAAAAACAGCAUUGACAUUGAAGACUAUGAUGACCAGGACCAUUUAGAUGCCUGUUUUAAAGAUUCUGAUUAUGUUUACCCUUCUUUGGAAUCUGAUGAAGAUAAUCCAGUAUUCAAAUCACGAUCAAAGAAAAGAAAAAGUUCUGAUGAUGCCCCCUACAGCCCGACAGCAAGAGUUGGCCCCUCAGUACCUCGACAAGACAGACCUGUCCGAGAGGGUACAAGAGUUGCCUCCAUUGAAACUGGUUUGGCAGCAGCAGCAGCCAAAUUAUCUCAGCAGGAGGAACAAAAAGGCAAGAAGAAGAAGAAGACCAAAAAGAAGUUGUCACCCAACAACACAAAUAAACUCUCUCAGGAAGGCAGCUCUCCUGAACCCAAACUGGAGUCCCAUGCCAGCAGUCUAGCAGAUCAUGAAUACACUGCUGGAGCAAGCACCUUUGGGGUCGCCCAAGUCAACAGAGGCUCGCAACCUAUGGCACCUGGAGUUUUCCUCACCCAGAGGAGAUCCUCCUCCUCCUCACAGAAUAAUGCAGCUGCCAAAGGAAAACGUACAAAAAAGGGCAUGGCUACCGCGAAACAGAGGCUUGGGAAGAUUUUGAAAAUCCAUCGGAAUGGGAAACUUCUCCUUUAAUAUUUUGAAAACUGGGACUUGAUCAAAGCUCAGUAAUUCCUGAGCAGACACUAACUCUUCAACUCUUGAAGGACUUCAGUAGUAUUGUGCAUCAUCUUAGGGACAAUACCAGUUAACUUUUUGCCACCACUUUAAUAAUUCUUUUUAACUUUCAGCAGUUAAAGUGUACAGAAUACUGCUAUAAAUAUUUUUUAAUAUAGAUGUCCUUUCUCAAAUUGCUGAGAGUGACUAGUUCGCAAAAAGUUAAUGAUAACCCAAGAAAUUGAGGAUCAUUCCAGUUUUAGGAAAGUAUCCCUUUAACUUGUUCAUAAGUGGAAAUCAGUUGUUUUAACAGAAUGAACAUCCAUUUAAGUUACAUUUCAAUUAGAAAAAUACUGUCUUUAAAGAGGUAUCUGGUCCAGGAGCAAAAAAUUAACUUUAAAAUUCUGCAUUUGUCUAACAAUAUUAAAAGUGGGGGACCGUAAGUUUGAUUUCUGGGGACAUUUUCCCAUGCUAUAGCAACUACAGCAGGCAGUCUGCACAAUGUGAAACUUAAUUAUCUCACCCUGACCAUAAUAGGGAUGUGUUGGAGGAGCAUUACUGCACUUGAGCACUACCCUGUGCGCCUCCAAUAGCUGCUGGUUAGACAACACUGGGUGCACGAGGCAGCAAUCGUUAUGCACAGUGGGAGCUGGUUUACUGGGGUUUUGUCACUGGUUGGGAUUUUUAGCUCUGUGUCUGUGAGUCUGUGGUUUUUUAGCUAACUGACACAUGAUGGUACAAUAGCUUGUGUCAGUAUCAAAAUCAAAGCACACAAAGAUGUGUUGCAGACUUUGCAAUCACUUUAACUGCAGUCCAUGAGGUCAAAUUUUGUUUCUUCAUGUGCAAUUUUUGACGUUUAUAUCAAAGCACUUCUUAUCAGAGACACUUACCUUGGGAACGAGGGCUGCAUACACCCAGGUGUCAGAGAGUGGGAAAGUUUAGCUUAUUGACAAUUUGACUGGAUACUUUUUUGUCGUUUAACUCUUUUAGUGUUUGGUGUAGAGUGCAUUCUUUUACCUUAAACUGCUUGUCUGCAUAUAAACACUUGAGGGGUUAAAUUUGUUUCUCAGGCAAUCCCACAUUUUAAUUUUUAGAUGUGUUUACUAAGGCAUAUUUUUCAUAGAAUGUAGCUUGUAAAUAGCUUUUUAAAUAACUUCUUUUUUAUAAAAGUAAAGUAUCUUUAGACAUUUCUUUCUAUAGACGACUUCGUUAACAUUUAUACAAGUCAUUGCUGAAUAUUAUCAGUUGUAUUUUAGUUUGAUUUUAAAAGGGCGGGGUGGUUUUUGUUUUGGUUUCACUUUCUUUUUGGGGGGAUUUGGGCGUUGCCUGGAAAACAAGUAAAACUUUGUGCAGCCUUAUAAAAUGUCUUAUACAGAAUCAAAUAGUACAAAAUAAUCUAUUUAAAACACAUUUUGAAGAAUAAUCUUCAACUUUAAUACCAGCUCUUUGUUUUAAUUCUUGUAUUAUGAGGGGAUACAAUUAUUUUACUAGCACCUUGUGAAGUGUUUCUGUGUUUUGUGAUGAUGUAAUUUAUUAAUGUUUGUAGCUUUUUAUAUUUGUACAUUUCUUAUGAGCUUUGUUUAUAUACACAUUACCUGGAUGUGAUGUCCAUGGGGAUAAAAAACAGCUACAGGAAACAACUGAGGCCUUAUUAACUAACCUUUAUACUAUUACAGUGGGACAUAGAUUCUGAAUGCUAGGAGUCUGAGAAAGUUAGUUGAAUAGGGCCCCAGAUUUAUGCAGAGCAGGGUUUUUAAGCUUCCCUAGUAUACUGUUCUUGUUGAGCAUUUAUAUAAUAUAACCCAGACAUCAUGCUGUUUUUUUAUUAUUAUUUUCGCAACAUGUACAUUUCUAACAAAGUUUAUUGUGGCUAUCUAUUACAGUGUUUUAUUUACUGAUUCAUAUCAAAUGCUCUUGUAUCAAGUCCAUGAAAUCUAAGUAAACUUAGAUCAAAGUUUAAAAAAAAAGUAAAAUA